CUCAGUCCGUUCUCUCUCUCCUCUCAGCGUCACUCUCCCCUCCGUCCUUUCUCCCCUUUAUAGUUCAAAAUGGCCGCCGCAAUCAAGGCAAUCAACGCUAAGAUCCGUUCCAACAAGGUUCUGGACUAUGUUUGCUCUACACAUUUCUGGGGCCCUGCCUCCAACUUCGGUAUCCCCAUCGCUGCUGUCAUGGACACCCAGAAGGACCCUGAGAUCAUCUCCGGUCAGAUGACCGGCGCCCUGGUCAUCUACUCCGGUACCUUCAUGCGUUACGCUCUCGCCGUCUCCCCCAAGAACUACCUCCUGUUCGCCUGCCACGCCAUCAACUUCUCCGCCCAGCUGACCCAGGGUUACCGCUACCUGAGCUACUGGAAAUGGGGUGGCCGUGAAGCCCAGCUCACUAACGCCGCCCAACAGGGCAAGGAAGCCACCGAAGCCGGCCAAUAAAUCUGAUCAUAUCCCAAUCCAUCGGUCUUGAAAACGGCCCUUCUUUUUUUUGGUUUGGCUCUCGUCUCUCUUCCGCUUUGUGCUGUAUGGGUGGGUUGAUCGAUCGCGGGUGCUGGCUGUCCUUGGGGAAAAGAUCCUGCAGCUUGGGGAUGCUGCGUGGGUGGUUUGUUUUGUUUAGCUCCCCCAGUUUCUGUGGAUGUAUGGCAGAGGUGGUGCUGCUUGGAGACUCUUGUCAAGGUUACAGUUGCCGCGUCGGGGCUCUCUCGUUUGUCAUCAGCGGGUUCGUGCAUGGCGGGUGCUUUGUGUAUAUAGCCCUCUUUUACCUUUUUUUUUUCUUUUAUGCUUUGAUCGCUUCCUACUAGAAUUUGAGAAUGGUUUGGGUGGGUUUGGUUCCUCUUUGUAGGUCAUUUUUGCUG